AUGUACAUCAAUACGGGGCAGGGAUACGCCAGAGUUUGCUACUGCCUGAAAGCAGUUUUGGGAGGGGUCGGCACAUUUUCUGCCACCAACAGGGCAUUGCUACCAGUUCAAGUGAUGGCAAACAGUGGGGAACUCAAGGAGGCCAAGCGCGUUGUGCAGCCAAGGACAGCUGAGAUCAGUAGAUUGCUUCUUUCAAAAGGGGAUAUCGACUAUGGGGCCAAAGUUUUGAAUACCAACCUGGAACCUGGGAAAGAGGUCCAGGUCCAAAUAGCACUUGUCAAUAACAGCCGGGCAAGCCUUGAAGAAGUACAAGUCCAGGUGCAAAAGGUUAUCCAGUGGUCUGCACACGGACAAUACCGAACCGCCCAGCAGACAAUCUCGGAAGCAACAUUCCCUGCUCGUCACUUUACAAGGUGCCAAAAGCUUGGCAAGGUGACCAUGGCGAAGAAGCUACAAGAGACCAACCGCCACAAAAAGAACUUCAACGAUAUCCUUCGAGCGUUGCACGAAACGGACGAGACAAGAGGGCGAAGGGGGAACGCUGGAUCAUGGUGCAGACUACCCAUACCUGCAGAUACGCACGAGACAUUCAGGGGCACAAGCACUGAGAUUUCGUACAACCUUCAAGUCACAUUGAAAACAAAGGCAGGCUUUUCUAAUCCAGAAUUCACCGUCCCUUUGAACAUCGCUGCGGAGCAACAUGAUCCAUCGUAUGACUUUGUUGCUGCGGCUGUUACCAUGUCUCGAACUGCUGCAUCAUGUCCCAUUGCCUUCGAUGUUCAGCCCAUCUGCCAAGACCAAACACCAGAAGAAUACCGCUACAUUGCCCCUGUCAGUGCGGUUGUUGAGAUUCCGAACGGACAUUCCAACAGCUAUCCCAUUGCCUACGCUAGUACUCAGCCCAUGAGCACCGGUUACCUUGAGCUAUCAGUCCGUCCUGUUUCCAGUUGCCCCUGCUACCAGAUUACUGUUUAA